UUCCACAAGCAACAGGCCCCCACAACCAUAUAUACCAAAAGAGUUGUAGCAUUCAUAUCUAUACUUAGAAAGUUCAUUGCUCUGUGUUCACCUCAUUGAGAAUUAGCCAUGGCUGAUGUGAAGCUUUUGGGUUCACGGUCAAGCCCGUUUGUGAACCGGGUUCAAAUUGCCCUCAACUCAAAAUCAGUCAACCAUGUGUUCCUAGAAGAGAAAUUUGGGUCCAAAAGUGAUAUCCUCCUCCGAUCCAACCCUGUUCACAAGAAAAUACCGGUACUAAUCCAUGGUGACAAGCCCAUAUGCGAGUCCCUCAUCAUUGUUGAAUACAUUGACCAGGUGUGUUCCUCUAGUCCCUCUAUCCUCCCUUCCGAUCCCUUUGAUUGUGCCAUUGCUCGAUUUUGGGCAGCUUAUGUUGAUGAUAAGUUGCCUUCGUCGAUGAAGCAGCUUCGGACAGCACAAAGAGAUGAUGAGAGAUUAGCAGCAAUAGAGGAAAUGGUUGGGGCUAUGGUCUUGAUGGAGGAUGCCUUUGUGAAGUGCAGCAAAGGGAAGGGUUUCUUCGGUGGGGAUGGUAUUGGGUACCUUGACAUGGCACUUGGGUCCUAUUUGGGGUGGUUGAGGAUGGUGGAGAAGACAGUCAAUGUGAAGCUACUUGAUGAAACCAAGACUCCAAGUUUGGUGGGUUGGGCUGAGAGGUUUUGUUCACAUGAUGCUGUGAAGGAUGUUAUACCAGGGAUUGACGAGCUUAUGGAAGUAGUGGCAAUGCAUAAAGCCAUGGCCCAAGCUCAAUCUCCCAAUUGACCUUUGUCUUCGUAUUUGGAUCCAAUAAUUCUACGGACAUAGAACCAACCACAGAAGAUAAGAAUAGUCAUACAUGUCUGAUGGUGCGUGACACGGUUGGUGCAGUGGUGAAAGCAUCUGACCUUCGAGGUUGUUCCCAUGUAUAUUUUAUGUGGUUGAUUUUGUAUCCAUAGAAUUAUUGAUUUGGGUCACUUUCCAAUCCAAUAAUUUGGGGAGCCUUUGUUGUGAAAGAUGAUUUCU